GUCGGCGAUGAGAUGCGGAGGAGGCGAGGAGCUGCCGCGCCGGAGGUUUCAUCCGAGAUGUAGAGAUGGAGGCAGAAGACCUUGGGUUACCCCCUAAGGGAGGGAUGGAUCUCCCAGAGGAUGGGGUGGAUCCCCCUGAACAGAAGAUUAGCCCGGGCUGUACAGAGACAGGGGAAGAUGAGCUCAUUGUUGCCUUGGAUAAGCAGGUGGAGUUAUCUGCUGCCCAAAAUAACGGACCCUUGAGUGUGGCAGAUGGCAAAGUAGACGUGCAGGAGGAGUUAAGUGAGGCUCGGGAAGAGUCUAGCGAGAAGGAUCUGUCGGACUCCGCCUCCACGGACAACACCUUAGAGGACUCUUGUGAGUUCAGCCGGCCCUUGGUGAUGGGCGGUGGUCCUUCGGAGGAGGAGGAGGUCGCGGCACAGCCGCGCCCUGCCACGCAUCGGGAUGAGGAUGUGACGGCUGAGAGCUGGCGGGCACACAGGAAACAUGUCUUUGUCUUGAGUGAGGCUGGCAAGCCCAUUUAUUCCCGCUACGGCAACGAGGAGGCCCUCAGUUCAACCAUGGGUGUCAUGAUGGCGUUGGUGUCGUUCAUCCAGAGCGGGGAUAAUUCUAUUCGCUCCAUCUAUUCCGACGAUCGCAAACUCGUUUUUGUGCAGCAGGGCCCGCUGGUGCUGGUGUCCGUGUCAAGCACCCUGCAGUCAGAGCAGCAGCUGCGGCAAGAACUUCUGUACGUCUACGACCAGAUCAUCAGCAUGCUCACGCAAGCCAGCAUCACUCGCAUUUUUGAGCGGAAAAAGAACUACGACCUCCGGCGCCUGCUGACCGGCUCGGAGAAGAUCCUGGACCGCCUCCUGAACCUGGUGGAGUCGGACCCUUGCUUCUUGCUGGGGGCGGUGCGCUGCCUGCCCCUCCAGCCCCCUCUGCGUGACUCCCUAGGUUCUCUGCUCCAGAAAGCGAUCACUCCUAAUUUGGUCUUCUCCAUUCUAGUGGCCCGUAGUCAGCUAGUCACCACGGUGCAGGAGAAAACGGUCAUUGACGAUUGCCGGCUGGAACCCACCGACUUGCACUUGUUGCUGAACCUCAUCGGGGCGACCUCGGCCUUCCAAACGGGGGAGAUCUGGACGCCUAUUUGCUUGCCACGCUUCAACCCCGACUGUUACUUUUACGCGUACAUUUCCUAUUUGGAUGCCGACUGUACCGUCUGCCUGAUCCUCCUCUCCACCGACAAGGAGUCGUUCUACUCCGUUUCGGACUGCAAGAAGCGCAUCGAGGAAGGCAUGAGGACUCAGAAUUACCUUCAGGCACUCUCCAGCGGCCUGAAAAGCCCAUCCUACAGUGUCGGGAUGGUUGGUGCACCGGACCUCCGGCACUUUAUCUACAAGCCCUUGGAUAUACCUGAUAAUUACCGGCAGCUCCCGCAGUUCACCAGUCCGGAACUGGAGGGGCCGUAUUGCAGUGAGAGCGAACGCCACCGGCUCUUCGACCUCUAUCACUACCUUCACAGCCGUAUCCACAGCACCUUGCGCCCUCUGCGUCUCAUCUACCACGUAGCUGAAAAGGAAACUCUCUUGGCUUGGGUCACCAGUAAGUUUGAAUUAUACACCUGCUUCAGUCCCUUGGUGACCAAGGCCGGUGCCAUCAACAUCCUAACGAAGUUGCUGCGCUGGAUAAAGAAAGAGGAAGACCGACUCUUCAUCCGCUACCCACCCAAGUACUCCACCACUCCCAACCCUGGUAAAGGAAGCAAGGGGGUACGGACUGAUGGUGCUGAGAAUGGUUUCUUCGGAGGCCUCUAGGCUUAGGACUUUCCUCUGCUUGGAUUGUGUUCUGCGUGCUCCUUCUUAAAGAAGACUCUCGAUGGAGGAACUUCUGAGAGUGGAAGGGCUAAUGACUUUGUCCUUCACAAGUUGCGAGCAAUCUGCCGCCAUUGUGAAAGGAGAGCCAACUGUGCAGGCCAAGUUGGGUUUUUGUGUGUGUGUGACAAAUUCAGCAAACUUGGUCUGCUUUAUUUUUUAAAAAUAAGGUUCUUAAAUGCUGUACCUGUAAGGAGGCAUUGACCUGAAUUAGAGACCCUCUGGUAAAUUAUGGAGUUGGCUAGAGGGGCUUUCGCUUUACCUUUUUAACAUGGCUCCGUAACGAAGGCUCUUGUGGUUGUGGAAAUAGCAUCUAACAGGCAGGUGAAGGAUUUUCAUAUGGGCUCUGUUUAAGUAUGGUUUACACUGAUGCCUGUUUCAGAUUCCUCCAGCAUUUUCAGGUAAUGGAUACUUGCAUUCUUGGUAUGAUUGGGCAUUUUCUUUUCACGUUCUUCCUCGUCAACAACUUCUAUCACCGGUACAGAAACUGAAGGAAAGAAGUCCUGCUAGCUUCAUUUCUAUGCUCAAAAUGAUAAACAACGGGGCCCGAGUGGGAUAUCUCAGAGAUGAGCAACGGAGGUGAUUUGGGAUAACUUGCUUGAAAAUACUUGACCCUUGAUAAGCAUGUAGUAGUUCAUUGUGAUUGAGGGUGGCUUGUCAAAACAGGUGCCUAGGGAUUCCCUCUAGUAGCUGUUGUGCGUUUUUUGAAGAGAGUAUGGCUUUUAAGUAACAAAGGUGAUCUGGGAUAAUCGUGGUACUGUCAAAAGAUUCUUGGCCCUUGAUAAACAUAUAAUGUUCAUCUACAGUGUGCUAGAAGGUGGCCUGGGUGUGGGUGCCCAUCAGACACACUAGUAACUGUUGCAGGUUGAUCAAGAGCACACAAUCAACUUAGAAUUGCUGAACAGCAUGCGAUCAACAUAGAACUGCUGAGUAUAUCCUUAAGAGGGGCUGACUUAGUUUAGCUUUAUGCCACUGGAGAGCAAUGUAAGUAAAGAGGCCCAGCUCCAACGAAUCCAAUAUCCCGGGGCUAUCAGAAUUGACUUCCCUUCUUUUUGGACUUUUUUUCCCCUAAGGGAGCUGUUUCGGUCCUUGGUACUGAAGCCACAAAAGAUUAACUGUGUUUGAAGGGUAUUCUGCAAUUUGCAGAUUUAGUUCUCAACUACUGCCUAGAAUAUAUGAUGGCUCAGUUUGUAUUUAUGGAACCCAGAUGGAAUUUUGACAAAUGUUUAAAUGUUGUUUGUUGGAACCUAACUGGCUUUGAAAUACGGCUGUGCUGUUGUCCGUCACUUUUCAUGUCCUCCCCAGUUCUUCUUUUGGGGGGGGGGCGUGUUGUUGUUUUACAUGAAGUCCCAUCUUCAGUUGCAGCAGGUGCUUACAAAAAUUCAGCAGGAAAUUCCUGCUUCUCACUGCUUCACUGCUCCCGUGAGCACUGUUGUUUACUUUUGUUGGAAUGCCACCAUUUUUUAAAAAAAUUAAGCAGCUGCAUGUCAGUUUGUGGCCCUGGAGCUAGGAGAGUGCAUAAGGGUCCGUGUUAAACUGCCUUCCUCACAUGCUUGUUAACUCAUGGCUGCACUCUCAGAUGGGACGUCUGCACUUCUCAGAGGGAGACUCGAAAAACUCACAAGCCUCCUUUCCCUUGCUGGUUCAGUGCUGCUCCACUGUGCAAAUGUGCACUCUGAAUAAAUGUGCUGCUGCCCCUUGGGUCUGUGCCCCGUCCUUCCUGCUCGCUGAAAAGAUCUCUCCUUUUUUUGUGUCCACGGGGUAGCAGGAAUGAGCUUGUUCUCCACCAGCGAGGCUUUCUUGCCGCUCUGUGCUGAGCCUCAUGGUCGUGUGUGGAGCUUUGAUUUAACCUGGAAAGCUUAUGUAAUGAUUUGCUGUUGCCAGUUUUGAUGGGACUGAACAGUAAAUUGGGUUUUUCUCCGAUUGCCAGUGCUGCAGUGAUUGGAGAACUCAGGCUGCACUGCAGGUUUUAUCAGCGGCUACUGGAUUCCUCUGGCCCUUGCUGCUUGCUCAUCUUGCUUCUGGCUGACAUUUUGUCCGCCCUGGUAAAGAGAACAGCAGUGAUUCCACGCCUCAUGUGGCUAACUGACAACAGGGGUUUAUGUUCCUGGCCAAUCUGUUGUACUGAGAACUGGAACCAUCUUAUUAAAUACACACAAACCCCGUUUCAAAGUC